AUGCCAACAGAAACGCAACCCGACCCCUGGAAGCAGGACUCUAACUGGUUACUCUGUUAUGUAGUCAUCAUUCUGAUCCCAAUUAUAUUCGUUUGCAUUGCGGCAUUCUCUGUCUGGCGGGACCGACGGACAAGCCGCAAGUACGACAUUGAAGCCGUAAAAUCUACAUACGCAAAAUACUGGUCGGGAUACAAGGACGACGCACCACCGCCAUCAACUCGUCCCACACAGUAUUCCCAAGCCAUACACGUCCCCAUGCAACACGUCAACAGGGUCGGACCUCGUAUGGCCGGCGGUUUCCCUGCCGCCGCACCACCGCCGCCACAAUAUCCGCAACGGCCAAUGGUGGAGGAGGUAUCACCAAGGACCGUGCCAAUGGCGCCGGCGUGGACCGGGCGAGAUUCGGCGGCCUCAUACUACUCCUCAGACAUGAGCGGCCUGAACUCACCUAAAGGGGAAGGACAUGGACCAUGGGUAAGAACAGCCCGUGCCGAUCUCAAGGAUAUGCCGAUCUAA